AUGUUGAUUAUUGAUAAGUUUCAAACCACAACUAUUUCUUCUUUAGAUUAUUGUAAAGAUUAUCCUGCUUUUAAUUUCACCUCAACAAAAAUGGAUAAAUUACUCAGUAGUAUUGAUGAUUUUGUAGAACAAACUCUUGUUAGUGAAAAUUAUGAAAAUGUUUAUAAAAAAGUAGAAAAUUACUUUAAAAGUAUUAUUAAUAAAGAUGUUUUUAAAUAUAUUAUUUAUGAUUCUGAAAGUUUAUUUAAAACAGAAUGUAAAAAAACAUUGAGUAUUACAGAACUUUUAACUUAUAGAAAAGAAUUACGAUUGUAUAGUUCAAUUGAAUAUUCGAUUAUUAAAGAUUUUAAUGAAAAUGAUUUUAAUAAAUUCUUCAUUAAUGAAAUACGUUGUAUUUUAAAUUUUAUAGAACGCUACAAAAGUGAUGAUGUUCUUUAUACUUUUCCCAAUAAUAUUGAAGCAUUAAAAAAAACAUUUGUUAUUGAUAUUUUUAAUACUGAUGAAGAAAAACUUGAUAAAGAACUUGAAUUACUAUACCGUAAAGUUGUUAUUAUUUAUUCAGCAAUAUUUUCAAAUAAUUAUUCAUCUAAACAAUAUAGAAUAGGUAUAUUAAUGGAAUUAAAAUUUUUGAAAGCAUGUCUUCAUUAUAUAUCUUUUGAUAUGGAUAGAAGAUUAAUGAGAAUUAAAAAAUAUAUGAAAAAUUUUAGAAUCAAAUAUUUAAAAAAUGAGAUUGGAGUUGGAACUUCAACAAGACUUGAUGAUUUACUUGAACUUCCUCAAUUUCAUUUUAUUAAUUUGGAAAGAGAAGUAUCUUUAAAUUUAAAAAAUUUGCAUGUAUAA